CUUGCCAGCGAGUCGACAGUAGUUCUUUAGUCAACCUUACCAAGAUUUCAGAUUUAUGGAGCUCGUUUUGGACAGAAGACGUGUUAUAAUAGGAAGCCGUUUCGUUUCAGUUUUAAUGACUGUCCUUUCCCGCAAUGUAAUCAUGACAACCUCUUGAGGAAUCUUCCAUCUUUUGUGAGAUCACGUUUUGCUUUUUUCUUGUGGGAUCUAUCGGAGUUCCACUGCGAUCCGGCGCAUAAAACCAGUCACAAUGUGGGGCAGAAACGAAUUUGAGGAUGGGUUUGAUACCUUUAAAACGGGUUCCAACACCAGCCCUCCUGGAUGGGUCCCGGGGUGUGAGUCGUCAUGGCAGGGUACCUCCUCUGCCCCCGGUACCAGUAACCGUGGGAGACGCCACAGCGGUGCCUCUGACAGCGGUGACACAGGCAUCGGCACAUCCUGCUCCGACAGUGUGGAAGACCAUUCCAGCUCCAGCACCACCUUGUCCUUCCAGCCGCUGCGCUCCCAAGGUGCCCUCCCCACGGCCCACGUCAUGCCCUCGCCCUCCUCCGGCUCCAAGCUCAGCACAGUGCCCUCCCCUGGGAGCAGCCCCUGGUCUUCAUGCCAGCUGCCCUCGCCCCUCGACAGCCCCCUGGACAUGAAGGACCCCCGGCCUGUCCGCCGCUGGUCCUCCCUCACCCGCCUCAGCCCCCAGGAGAAGACCAUCCCCGGGGGCCGGGCCGCGUACCGCUCUGACGCCCAUGGCUCCCUGGACAGAGGGAUGCUCUACGGUUACAGACAUGACCCUCUGGGCCCCACGGACCCCUACCUAUCCCACCUGCACUCCCCAGGGGCCGAGGCCAGGUACAAGUACCCCCUGAGUACUAAGACAGACUCUCACUCUGCCUGCUCGUCCCCACUCAAACCCAACACCUUAGACCUGACCUACAGUGCCUUACCGGAGACCAAGCAUCCUGGCGUCGGGCUGACGGUACCCAGCCAGAGGGGCCUACCACUGGGCCACCAGACAGUAGGAGGGUCCCCCAUCCAGCCAGCAGUGAGGACCCAGAUGUGGCUGAGUGAGCAGAUGGAGUACCGGCCCCCCGGCCCCGGGCCAGAGCUGUGUGGGGCCCUGUCGGCCUGGCAACAGGAGCAGCAGCAGAGGGAGAGGCUACGGCAAGAGGCCGAGCUCAACCAGAUGCUGGGCGGAGCCUCCCUUCCUGUGAACACGCUGGUGAAGAUCAAAGAGGGCCUUCUGCGACAGAGAGAGCUGGAGAUUGACAGACAGAAGCAGCAGAUCCUACAGCUCCAUGCUCGGAUCAGGGAGAACGAGCUGAAAGCGCAACAGGUCCUCCAGAGCCAGAAGGGGCGCUGUGACGACCCCUAUCUACUCAAAGCUAAGGAGUCUCCAUAUGACAGUCCAGUGGCUCAAUCACACCCCCAGCUCCAUCUGCAGCUCCACCCCCAGCUCCAGCCCCACCCCCAGCCCCAGCUGCAGGUCCCAGACAGGAUGAGCCCUCUGUGCUGUGACAACGGGGAGCUGGGCCGUAAGCUGGCCGCUGCAGAGCUGGAGGUCAUCCACCUCAACGAGUUCCUCAAACAGAACACCCAGAAAUACACAGAGGAUAUCAAGAAGCUGGAGGAGAAGAUGAAGACGCGUGACCGCUACAUCAACAGCCUGAAGAAGAAGUGUCAGCGGGAGAGUGAGCAGAACCAGGAGAAGCAGCAGAGGAUAGAGACCCUGGAGAAGUACCUGGCUGAUCUGCCUUCCCUGGAUGAAGUCCAGACCCAGGCCCAGCAGCUGGAGGAGGGUCAGGGGAAGGCCCAGGGCCUGCAGGACACAGUGGCUCGUCUGGAGAAAAACCUGGAGGAAGGCCGCACCGUGCUGCAGGAGAAAGAGGACCUGAUUGAGACCCAGUGCAAGAGGGAGAAGGAGCUGGUGGCUGCUGUGCAGAGCCUGCAGGAAAAGGUGGAGCAGUGUCUUGAGGACGGGGUCCGGCUCCCCAUGCUGGACCUAAAGCAGCUGGAGGUAGAGAACGCAAGACUACAGGAACAACAAGCCACCACCAGCAAGCUGAUAGACAAUCAGAAGAGCCAGAUAGAAAAACUGACCCUUGAGCUGACGGCUGUAGAGCAGAGGCUGCAGAAGGAGCGAUGUCUCUCCCAAGAGCUCCAGCAACAGCUGCAGGAGAAGGACGAGGACCUGGAUGCGUUCUCCUACACCCUCCACCAGAACCGAAGGCAGGUGGAGGAGGGCGUGGUGGUGCGACAGGGCAGCGGGGGCCAAGGGCCCGAGGCGGGGCCCUUACUUAAGGAGAUGUCCCUGUGUUUGCUGGACCUCAAGGCCCUCUGUAGUAUCCUCACCCAGAGGGCCCAGGGCAAGGAGCCUAACCUGGCACUGCUACUGGGCAUCAAAUCGAUGAGCAUGUCAGGGGAGGAGAAUGACAACUCCCUGGUGGAGGACAACUUGCGGGCCAAGCUGCUGGAGGUUGGCCAGCUGAGGAAGGACAUUGACGACCUGCGCACCGCCAUCUCCGACCGCUACGCACAGGACAUGGGCGACAACUGUGUGACGCAAUGACAAUGACACACCCGCCACGAGGGGUUCUGACCGCCCCUCUUCUCUUGUCACUGCACAGCGUCAGCAUGCCCACUUCCUUCUCCCUCUCCCCAGGGCUACUGUUUCACAGCCAGUGAGGACAGGAGAAAUCCUGAUUGGAGGAAACCCAGGAAGAACAGUGUUAAAAUAGGGAAUAAUAAACCUGGUACAGUGUCAAGCAGCCGUGAGGUUUUUAUCCAGUUCUACGUGAUGGAGGCAUCUAUCGCCAGCUUUCUGAACGUAGGACCAAGCUGUGAAUCAAGUUUACAAGGAACAGUCUUUUUAAAUAGGAUGUUUUGAUUUUUCAAAUGUUGAUCGUGCUUCCUGUGUACUAGAAAGAAUUCCUACAUGAUCAUGUACAUUGCUUCAUGCGCAUAGACUUGUGUAUUUAAACCUGGAGACCCCUACCCUCACUGAUGCACAGAAGGGAGUAUGAGUGUGUGACUGUAUGUGUGUGUGUUGGUGUGUAUUUGGCCCCUCUGACACAAUCACCAGCCGGUAGGAAAAUUACUCUCACUGCUGCUCUGUCAAGUGCCUCUGUGUGACAGCUUCUCCAGCAAUCAGCUGUCCCCUUCCUAAGUCGUCUCCAACGGCAACCAAUGGCUCUCCUCUCACACAUCAUCUCCACAAUGCGUGUUAUCCAAAGACCUUGUCCCCAAACGUCUCUCUCUCAGCUGCUGCCCAUAGUCGCAGGUCGACACUGCAUAGUGGCACUUCUUCCUUUCAUAUCCGCGCCAUUGUGGUGUUUCCGGUUCCUUUUUAAUAUAGGUGUUUCUUCUGUGUGAGUUCAGUGAUGUGAAUAACACUCCCAGACUGGUUAUUAGGAUAGCUAUGUUGAUAAGGAAAUGAUAGCAUUGCAAUUAUACCCUCAGUUAUAUUAUUGGCUGUUGUAUUGUUGUUGAACAUCGUAAGCAAUAUAUUAACCCAUCAGGUAAUAUUCAGGUGUCUUUCUAACCAAAUUAAAUUCAGGAAUUGUUUUUCGAAGUUAGGAAUCUCCUUGGUAAGGUCAGAAGUCAGGGCUCAGUACCGUCUCCCCUGAGUUCCAUAGACACCUGUUUGAUUGAGACAGUAGAACAAAUGCAAAAACACAGAGGGCAAAAUUGACAAGGCACUUCUACAGUCUAGGCCUUCAGAACAUUACCCACUGGGACUUGACUCAGCUAGUAGUUGUAUCCAUCCAGUCAGUCAAUAUAGGAGCACGUAAUACGUCAAGGUUACUGACCACUCUACUCCUCCAACCUCUUCCACACAGUAGAGGGGACUCUUUAGUCUAUUGAAUUCAUGGUGUGAUCGUUGGUUCACAUUCUCCUGUUUUACUUCAUUGUUUGCCGUCGUUCCCACUAUUUGUCAUAGGAAUACUCCUCAUGCUUGAUCUUUAACUAAAUGGAAAGUGAAUUUACUGUUUGCUACAAGGUGAUGAACGUUAUUACAUGUUAUUUUAAAUACGAUCUACAGAUACUGUAAUUCAGCCUGGUAAUAAGUUGUUAAAAAUGACAAUAUCCAUUUUCAUAGCUAAUUUAUUGCAUGUUUCGAAGUGACAUGUUUUAAUGUGGACUUAAGUCAUUGUGUUGUGUGCGAGGAACAAUUUGCAUGGGUAGGGUAUCCUAUUCUACUGUUGUAUUACCGAUCUUAAAAAGGAAACUUGUACAGUAUGAGCUAUGUAACAAAUGUUUUGGUAGGCUAUAAGAUAUGGAACUAACGUUUUGACUGUGUUCCAGUCGAGCCGACAUAUGCAGCCUCGCUAACGCUGAACCGCAGUAGAGCGGGAUUGUAAUUUAAAAGCAAUGUUUCUGCAGUCGCGGUAAACCCUACAUGUGUUGGCUCAACCGGGAAUGGCUUUUACAUUUCAGUCGUACGAUACUGCGAAUCUUCCACGAUACGGAUUUAAUCUAGCCCUAAGUGAUACAUGGAAACCGUAAAAUACUAUGCAAUGUCCCAUGCACCAGCCAGCGCCUCACAUUCAGUUAUCAGCAGCAGAUAUGAGAUAUUGCUCUUCUGUGCCUUUACAAAUCUAUGCAGCAGAUAAGAGCUCCUGUAUGUUCCUCCCUAUUGACAUGAAUAGUGUCUGGAGACAUGUAACUAUUCUGCAUGUAUGCAUCCAAUGUAAAUAGGACUAUCUGACUCGCUUACAAUGUAUGAUUACCAUCUUACAUUGUACUGUCUGUAUGUUGACAAAGAUGUUGCUAAGCAAUAGCCACAAACAAUGCAUACAUAUCCACUCAGGUAAAUAAUGACCAUAGCAGGCUCUUGUGAAACCUGAAGAAGAAUGUACUCGGGUGCACAGAACGGUGAGGCACUGUAAGUAUGGCAUCCAUUGUGACGGUGUAAGUCUAUGGUGAGACUGGUGUUGUCGACUCAUCUAAAAAGGGAAAGGUGUGGUUGUCAUGGCUGUCUCUCUGUGCACUGUGGACUUUGAGCCACUGGUUGGCUUUAUUGUACGUAGGAUUAUUUCUGUGGUUUAUAAAUGUUUUAAGCUUUUAGUUUUGCAGCUAGAUUUUAUGAAUGCCAAAGGUCUAUUUAUAUAUGAUGUUCCUAAAUGUAUUAACAAGUAUUUUUCCAUUUGAUAUGUUAUUUGUACAGAUUGCAAAUACAAUAUUUUUCUAUAACUGUUUGUAUGUGUUCUCUCUAGGCCGCAGUUAUAAUAAUCAGAUGAUUCAGAACCUGAAACAGAUCACAGUUCUAGUCAAUGAGUUGUGUUUUAUUGGUUAUACAGCGACCCAGCACUGUCACACGUUCUAGCUUUUGUCGUUAAUUGGCCAAGAAUUGUUAGCAUUUGAAAUCUAUUUACUACCACAACUUAAGGGGAAUGACCGAUCAAUUCAAAAACGUCAAAGUAGUUCAAUCCAUCCGUUGGCUAAACCCUAAUUAUUAUUUUAUUAUUGAAUAUUAAAACAUACAAUCUACCGGCAGUGAAGCAGCUCAACAUUUACAUUACAUUCAGUCAUCUAACAGACUCCCAUCCAAAGCGACCCCCAGAAGCAACCAGGGUCAACGCCCUGCACAAGGGCACGUCGCCAGAUCUCCCACCAAGUCAAAAACGGGGACCCGAACCAGCGACCUAUUGGCCACCGGCCCAAGCUCCCAACCGCCAGGCCACCAGCCCUCCAAGAUCCCCCUACAGUUCCCCGAGAGCUGCCCCUCAACCAUCCAAGACCCACCCCCUCCAAAAAAUAAAUGAAACCUCUCCCUCUAUUCCCCACCUCCAACUAGUUUUCAUUGGGAAGGCAGAUUGCUUUUGAUAUUAACACUAUCACAUGUGAACAUGCAGAAUCCUACUCAUUGCUCCACGUGCUUAAUAUACGUGACUUUUCUUGUCAGCCAGAACGGGGCGCCCAGCUCACGCCGGGGAGGCUGCCCCUUCCAAAAUGAAUGCUAUCACUUUCCACCCAGUGCAAACGACGCCCAUCCGGGCCAGCUUAAUAGAAUCCCCCCAAAACCUCACAGAAACCACAGGCCUGGCAAAAUGAGGCAAAAUGUAAACAAACCCCCCAAAAUAUGUUAACCUUAGUGAAUGCAUGCAAACACCACAUCUUCCAAUCAAAAACGGAUACAGCAGAACCAUAAUAUUGGCAGAUCCACACGUGUGAAUGAGAUUUUUUUUUAAGCAUUUCUACAGCCAUCCACAAAGGGAAACCCUCCUAGGAACACUGCAUACAGUGAGAACAGUGUAAACACAAAGGUUAGCUGCUGUGUGUGUGUGUGUGUAUUGGAAGCAUUACAUCUGCACCAGAAAGAACACAGACCUGCUACGCCAUAAUUUUAGGCUUGUAAACAAGACAAAUGGCCCCUUUGGUUGUGUCCGUCUAUCACUUGGGUCAGUCAGCCGUGGGCAGGCUCAGCUACUAAAUCCUAAUACAAAAAAUGUAGAGCAUUUUGACAAACUGUCAUGGCUGGGGCCGGUGAUGGAUGGCUGUAGUACAGCUCAGGGUAAAUUAUGUCAAACCACUUAUAUUCAAAUACCUCCCACCCUGGCUGCCUGGAGGAGGGGAUUUCCCCCUGUUAAAACGGACUAUGAUCAAAAUCAUCAUGGUAUUCUUAAAGGCUGAAAACCCUGCAUUAGCACCACAAGUAAAACUAGUAAGAACCUAAAUGAGAAAGGACAACAUUGAAGAAAUCAAUAGAAGGAAAUCUUAAGACAACCUGUAGCUGAUAGGGUGGGUAUAUACUGGAUAACAGAGGUUUCUGUAGCUGAUAGGGUGGGUAUAUACUGGAUAACAGAGGUUUGUGUAGCUGAUAGGGUGGGUAUAUACUGGAUAACAGAGGUUUGUGUAGCUGAUAGGGUGGGUAUAUACUGGAUAACAGAGGUUUGUGUAGCUGAUAGGGUGGGUAUAUACUGGAUAACAGAGGUUUGUGUAGCUGAUAGGGUGGGUAUAUACUGG